CAAUCAUGAAUCAAAAAAUUAAAAAGAGAAAAGCAUUUAGAAAGCGACGUGUGAUGAAUCAUGAAUGAAUAAACGAAGAGAGAGUAGUUGAGUUUAUUCAAACAUUUACAAACACAACAUCAUCCACCGUUCAUUUUGAUCAUCAACGGUUCAAAUUAGAAGAAUGGGUGUACUCUACGCGCUGGUGGCACGAGGCACGGUGGUGCUAGCGGAGUUCACCGGAACCACCACAAACGCCAGCACAAUCGCCAAACAAAUUCUCGAGAAGAUUCCCGGUAACAACGACACUCACGUUUCUUACUCUCAAGAUCGUUACAUCUUCCACGUCAAACGCACCGAUGGACUCACCGUUCUUUGUAUGGCGGAUGACACCGCCGGCAGGAGAAUUCCGUUUGCGUUUCUGGAGGAAAUCCAUCAGAGGUUUGUUAGGACUUAUGGACGCGCUGUUCUUUCUGCUCAGGCUUAUGGAAUGAACGACGAGUUUUCAAGGGUUUUGAGUCAGCAAAUGGAGUACUAUUCUAAUGAUCCUAACGCUGAUAGGAUUAAUCGUCUCAAAGGUGAAAUGUCUCAGGUACGAAAUGUCAUGAUAGAAAAUAUUGACAAGGUUUUGGAUAGAGGUGAUAGAUUGGAAUUGCUGGUGGAUAAAGCUGCUAAUAUGCAAGGAAACACAAUUCGCUUCAGGAAGCAAGCUCGUCGUUUUAGAAGCACUGUCUGGUGGAAAAAUGUCAAGCUCAUGAUCGCUCUUAUAGUCAUCCUACUUGUAAUAGUUUAUGCUGUGAUGGCUUUUGUUUGCCAUGGACCAGCACUACCGUCUUGCUUCUAGUGAAGAGUUGGAAAGUGAAUUUCAUGUGUGCUUUCAUAUCAUCUCGGGCGUGCAGAGGUCACUUAUAUUUAUAUUCAAUUGUGGCGCCGACUCCCAUUUGUUUUAAUUUCAAUUGCUGGGCUGUGGACAUGUGUGCUAGUGAAUUCCUUGCUACAGAUUUCUACUGUUUUGGGUUGUGCUUGUCAUUACGAGGCUUGAAGGAAAAAGAUCGUGUAUCAUGUCUUUUAUGUAUUCUCAUACACCCCAAGAAAGACUGAACUGGAGCAUGAUUGGGAUUUUGAGUUAUUUAAAGUGUUAUAAUAGCUUGAUGGAGUCAUCAGUGUUAACUUUUGAAUUCCUGUGUCCCUUCAUAGAUUAAUGAAGAGAAAAUUUUAAACUUCCCUUUCAUUAUUAUUAUUAUUAUUAUUCCUAUUAUUAAGGUUAAUAUUUAUUUUCUUUUA